UAGCUGCUCCAACUAAAAAAAACGAACCUCAGAUGCCAGUGUAGAAGAAGCCGUUACAGAGCACGACCAUCUCGCGACCAUCUUUGGAUUGGUGGAAGAAGAAGGAAGAACAUCGGAGACCAUAGGCUGCAUUUUUGGCUUAUGCAACGCACUGCUAUGGAGAGAAAACGCCGUCAACUCAUUCCUGUUGAGCGACCCAUAUGUAUUUCUCUGGGACUCUACAAGCUACUGCAUCUUGACUACAUCGGUAUCACCGAGACGACGGAAUAUUUUCCCAUCUCUGUUCCACACUACCCGUACCGCAAGAGGUUCAUAGCAGUGGAUAGGACUGACACAGCUCUCUUCAUGCUGCUGGAAGAGUCUAACCCUUGCGAUGCUUGCAUGAUGCCGGGAAGUAGACCUUUCGACGUACAUGCAACGCUGGACGCAGACUUUAUGAUCUUUCAUCGACCGCUCCGGUGCCAAAGUGGUAUCAGAGGAUGCUUCCUAAGUUGCCUCGCACAGGAACUAGAGGUAGAAAUUCCACCUGGCCAGACAGUCGGCUUCGUAUACGAACAGCGGGACUUGUGGGACACGUCAUUCACAAUCUGUGAUAGGGCCGAGAAACCAGUGUUCAAAAUCAUGGGUGACUGCAUGUGCCCUCGCUGUUUCCUUGAGGACACUUGGUUCGAGGUGAUAACUUUGAACGACGUCCGGAUCGGCACAAUCGGAGUGACUUUCCAUCAACUACACUACAGGUUCCUGUUCGUCACUUUUCCCAGAGACCUUGACGUUCAUCUCAAGGGAUGUCUUAUUGGAUGUGGCAUAUUAAUGCGAUACAUGUUCUUCUACACAGAACCCCUCUGUGGCAAAUGCCAGUGCUUCCAAAUGCGUAGGCGGCGCAGACGCAUUGCAGAUAAUCGGAUACCUCGUCCACCGGGGCCAAUGAGACGAUAUGCACCACGUCAGGACGACUCCCCGGACCGUGGCAUCCCUCAGCCUAGCAGCCUAACAUCCAAUACAUCACAGCAGCCAGAAUCCAACCUACAGAGCAGCAUCCAAUUAACAGAAGCAGAUUCAACAUACAUCGGUAGAUCAACACUGCUAAAUAAGUGAUAUAUUUCCUUCCCGAAUGCUCGGCAAAUUUUCUCAUUAGAUUUAACUUCUCAUUCGCGCCUGCAAUACAUUAUUGAUGUGAUUUACCUCAUGUAAUCCAUUUACUAAUGCCCCAGGAAAUGCGUGGAAGCUAUACAAAAGAAACCAGAACAUGAUCAUAGCGAGAUAGUCAUACCGCACUCGGUGUUGCCGUACGGAUAUUCAAGCUGAAUGUGCGAACUCGCGUAUAGGUGUCAAACUCACAGAAGACAUCAAUUUGGCGUCUCCAGAACAAGCAUGGGAAACUCCACACAUAUAAAAACUCUGCUAUUAGUAAGCGAAUGACUAUCAUUGUUAAGCCCAUAUUUAGUAACAGCAUGGGCAGCAGUCUUACUGUGGGUAUUCUCACACACAUUCACAGGUUCUCGAACAGUCACACGUGUGAGAGUUGAACUGCACCCUUUUGAACAGAUCCGAUACUUGCCGUCUCGUUUUCGACGAUUCAGUGGUAAGGGGAGACAUGCAUUUCACGCGGGGGCCAGGCAGAGGUAGGUCAGAAGUCGGUCUACCUGUUUCCUGUAGAGUUCGCUUUUGUGGCGAAGGAACUGCCCGCCAAGUCCACGUUCCUAGUCGAUAUUAAAUGCGUUACUAAUGAACGCUGUCACUGUAUUCACUUGUCCAAUUUUUCCCUCCUGCGGUAGUUCAAUAUGGUGCAUGAUACUCCCUCAUAUCCGGUCGGGUGCUGUAGUGCUCCUACGUAAGAUGAUUUACAUAUACUAAUGCUGUCAUGAAGAGGAUGUAUGAAAUUAAUGUGAUACUCGAUAGCGCUGUUCUUUGUUCAUGGAAAGAAUGAAUCGCCAUUUUCCUAUUUUCGUUUCCUGUUCAUCACUGCCUGCGUUAUAAAAAUGUUGAUACAUGUUCUGUCAUUUGAUAGCCAUGACGUGAGAUGCGGAUUUGCUUGCUAAGCUAUCCCUCGCAUAAAAGUUGUUUCAUCUCCAAUGUGCGUUGCUUGUUGAAGAAAGACUUCAGAUACUUCAAAGACUGAAGACAGACGUCAGUUGAUGGGAAAGUGAGCGAGUGCGGUUGCGUAAUCGAACGCACAGCUCUCCACUCUGAUGCCCCAUUUCCUUCCAUGCCUUUCACUGCUACCACUAUUACACUACGCCGACGGUCAGCGACUGACUGGGAACCAGAGAAUCGAUGAACUCUAUUGGAGGGAGUUGGUACAUACAUAUGGCGCUAUCAGACGUAGCAAACCGUACACAUGCAGAAUCUCAACUAGCGAUUUUUUUUUUUUUUUGAAAGGG